AUGGAAAAAGCCAACUGGUCCUCCCCUGUGGCGGGGUUCAUUAUCCUGGGACUCUCAGACCACCCAGGGUUGGAGAAAAUGUUUUUUGUGCUCAUCCUCCUGAUGUACCUGGUGAUCCUGCUGGGCAACGGGGUCCUCAUCCUGGUGACCAUCCUUGACUCCCGCCUGCACACACCCAUGUACUUCUUCCUGGGGAACCUCUCCUUCCUGGACAUCUGCUACACAACCUCCUCAGUCCCUCUAGUCCUGGAUGGCUUCCUGACCCCCAGGAAAAUCAUCUCCUUCUCAGCCUGUGCUGUGCAGAUGUUUCUCUCUUUUACCAUGGGAGCCACAGAGUGUGUGCUUCUGGGCAUGAUGGCAUUUGAUCGCUAUGUGGCCAUCUGUAACCCGCUGAGGUACCCUGUGGUCAUGAGCAAGGCUGCCUAUGUGCCCAUGGCUGUCAGCUCCUGGGCUAUUGGUGGUACUGCUUCUGUGGUACACACAUCCUUGACAAUUCAGUUGCCUUUCUGUGGAAACAAUGUCAUCAAUCACCUUGCCUGUGAGAUCCUGGCUGUCCUGAGAUUGGCCUGUGUUGACAUCUCCAUCAAUGUCAUCAGCAUGCGGGUGGCCAAUGUGAUCUUGCUGGGGGUCCCAGUUCUGUUCAUCUCUAUCUCUUAUGUGUUCAUCAUUGCUACCAUCCUGAGGAUCCCCUCAGCUGAGGGGAGGAGAAAGGCUUUCUCCACCUGCUCUGCCCACUUCACUGUGGUGGUCAUCUUCUACGGGACCUUAUUUUUCAUGUAUAGAAAGCCCAAAUCUAAGGAUUCCCUGGGACAAAACAAAGAGGACCUUUCAGAUAAGCUCAUUCCUCUCUUUUAUGGAGUGGUGACCCCCAUGCUCAACCCCAUCAUCUAUAGCCUCAGGAACAAGGACGUGAAGUCUGCUGUGAGGAACCUGAUGUCUCAGAAGUACUUCACCAGGUGA